AGAACUAGAACUAGAACCCUUCCAAGACACACCAAAGAGAGGAAAAAAAACCCCAAUUUUUUCAACACUUCUCUCUUUCUCAACCUUGCCUUCUCUGCUCCAUGGCUUCAGACUCUGUUAAAAUAGUUUUCCUUUAACUUGCACCAUAUUAUCUGAUCUGGGUUUUCUUUAUUUCUCAUUCAGAUCAUUGUUUUUUUCUCUAUGAAAGUACUUUCUUUUCUUCUUCUGUUUGCUUCACUAACCUUUGGAAGAAAUAAAGACCCAGCCUUUUUUCCCCUUGUGGUUAUAGUAUCUUCUUUGACGGUAUAAUGAGAUUCUAAAAAAAUGUGAUUUUGUUUCAAGGAAGCAGGAUAUUGGUGUAUGUUUCAAGAUCAGCUUCAUUUUUCUUAUUUCUUUCUAUAUUGACGGUGAUAGAGUUGUCUAUAGAAAGAAGAGGAAAGCUAUAAACCUUCAGCUGUUUGAUAUUGUUGUUUAAGUGAUCCUUUUACAAUGAGAGGAGGUAGAGGAAAAGCAAAGAAGCAGAAUGUUGUUUCUUCUCUUGAUGAUCCAGCAAGCGGUGAAGAUGAAAAACUUCCUGCUUAUAAGAGAAGAGGAAGGCCGCAAAAGCAAACGAGGGAUGAUGUCGAUGAAGAUGAAGUGGAGAAGGCUGAAGAAGAUGGUGAAGAUGUAAAAGGUUCGGUUCCUGCCAAAGAGAUGAAAAAUCAGGCUGCCACAGAGAACGGAAGGAAGAGGAAAAGGUCAAUUCAAGCAAAAGAAAACAUAGAUUCAAUCAAGAAAGCAAACGGUGUCACAACGAAGUCGAGCACAGAUGAUUCAACAAAACCGGUUGGAUACCGGCAAAAUGGUAGCAGACGCAAAAACAAGCCUCGACGGGCCGCCGAAGCUGUUGUUGAGUGCAAGUGAGAUUCUGGGUUGAAAAAUCAUUCCACAAGUAAUGCUAGUCUGCGCAUGUAUGGAUUCAUGUGUUUCUUUUUGUCACACAUUAUUUGCUUUUUUGCAGUUUAUGUGUUCCAUUUCGGUAGUGUUUAAUUUUGGUUGCAAGUUUUCUUUUUUUGGGUAAGUGC